AUGGCAGUGACUACGCCUACUUUGGCGCCUACUCCUCCAACGACGAAUAAGUCUACAAAUCCGCAGAGGCCGGGCUCAUCGACAGACUCGUCAGGCGAUUUUAAUGUUGAGCUCAACGUAGUGCAAUUGCGUCUAAUGCAUCACUAUACGACCAUUACCGCAUCUACACUUGCAAACAGCCGUGAUUCGGAACAAGUCUUUGUAACAACGUUGGUUGAGCUUGCUUUCAACCAUGCCUAUCUUCUACAUGCCACUCUUGCCAUCACCGCAUUACACCUGUCCCAUCUCCAGGACCCAGGUUCACCGCAAAAGCGGGACUAUCGGAUCCUUGCCGAAAAACACCACGAAGCAGGCCUGAAUGCGUUCCAAGCCAUGGUCAAGGACAUUGAUCGCUCAAACUUCAAGGCUGUCCUACUAUUCACAAACGUCUUGUUUCCCUACUCAUGCGUUACCUCCAUCACUGCGCGAGACAAUAUAGACCACGCAUUUGAAAGCGUACUCGCAAACCUCGUCCUAACCCGGCGAACACGACCCAUGGUCACGAGCUUCUACGAAGAAAUGAAGGAAAGCGAACUCGGUCGCAUCAUACCCGCCGAUGUCCGAGACGUCAACUGGCCCGAAGCCGAAACCCCCCCAACCACCGAACUCACCCAACUCCGCAAAUUCGCCACCCUAAUCCACCACGUCUACCCCGCCGACAUCACAGACGCCUACGGCCACGCCAUCCACUUCCUCGACCUCACCUUUGACGUCGCCAGCCGCAGCCCAGCCCCGCCCUCAGACGCCCUGCUCAAAAUCUGGAUCCACUUUGUCUCAGACCGCUACAUGCACUUGCUGACAGACCGCCAACCAGGCUCCCUCAUCAUUUUUGCUCAUUUCGCAGUCCUCGUGCAUCGCUGUCGUCACUAUUGGUUUCUGUCUGGCCUCGGGCGCCAGAUUCUUGCUCUUGCAGAGGCGCUGGUGCCGGCGGAGUGGACUGCGUGGUUGGAUUGGCCCAGGGCCCAGGUUUUCGGGCCCGGGGAGGCCGUUGUGACAGCGGGAUUGGGUUCCGGGGCGUCUACAUGA